AUGGAUAACCCAGAGUUUUGGGAUCAUCAAGAGUCCUCUGAUGUAGACUUGUCAACGGGCCAACUCCGUGAACGCUCUCACACAGGGCUGACUUUGCGUACUGAUUUUCCGAGUGGAUUAUCGAUCUCUGCCAUCCGUCUCAGACCUGCCUUUUACACAACCCACGUUUUCGAGUUCGACAUUGAUGCCACGCUGGACGAUCAUUUCCCUGGGGUGUGGGCGCGUAACGGCUGGCUUAGACCGUCGCUUUCGAUCUACGGCUUUCGCUAUAAGAAGUUUGUGGCAUCGCUAUUCAAUAUGGAAGGUCUCCUGCAGCUGUGCACAAGAUUCACAUCCGAGGAAGUGACAGCGGGUCUUAUCCUCGUGUUGUACGAUUUCCUGCCCCUGGUCUGGUUUCCCACCUUCGAUGCCUGGACAACUCGUCAGAUCGGAAAGAUCACGGAGACUCAGGACGAAGACUCAUCCGAUAAACGUUUCCUUAUAAUUCCGAUCUAUUUGGAGAUGCAUAGGCACUGGAUGCUUGCCAUAGUUGAUCGGGUGCAAGAGACGGUCUUCUGGUACAACAGCCGGGAAGAAUUUACUGAUCCGGACGUGCCUAUGAAGCUGACUGCUUGGCUUGCGAGCACUGGUUUAACACCCUCUGGAACCGCUUACCAUCACCAGAUCAUACCCGUGAGCCAGCAGCUCUACCACUGGGAGUCUGGGUUGUACAUUCUCGACUGUGUCCGUUCUUUUUUCGGAAACCCGUCGCUCAAUGAGACGAUUGGGCCGAUUGACUGGGCUGCGUCUCACCAGUACAGCUAUCCAGUCCCAGUCCUUGGCAACCUUGACAACAGCACGAAGAAGUUCACUUGGAUGGUCACCUACUGGAUUGCCUGGAUUCGAUUGGAGCUUGGCCACGCAGAUUUCUCCCCGCUUCGAAUUCCCUGUGUUCCCACUCUGAAGAUGAAUGACCUGGACGUUAUCGGCCGACUCAACGGGGAUAUCUCUCUAUGGCCGAAUGCCGUUGGAAACGCCACUGGGUACAGCGACAGAGAUAUCAGUAUGGAACUAGACAAAAUUCUGGGGCCUGACCCGAUGGAUAUACGUGUUGCCGACAGUACGCUCAUUUGCACACAGCAGGAGGUCGCUGUAAACUUCGCCACCUAG